ACUAACUUUCCUUUGAUGGCUCUAGUUUUCAGGAAAGUGAAAUCACGGACCACCAACAGGUUUAAAUGCAUCAUCUCUGAGCUGAUGAAGGAGACAGAGAGUCUGGCAAAGAGCAUCUUUGGUGAACUCGGUACCAUAAGUCUCGAAAACUUAUCUCAGAUUCAAAACAGGAAUUUUGGAACACAGAAAUAUGAACAGUGGAUCGUUGCAGUUCAGAAAAAGUGCGCGGUGCUGCACCUGCCAGACAAAGACAAGGAGAGCAGGAUUUGUACAGCGCUGUUUUUGUACACUUCACAUCUGCGGAAAUUUAAUGAUGCCCUCCUUAUCAAUGAGCAUGCACGGACGAAAGAUGCUCUGGAUUACUUGAAAGACUUCUUCAGCAAUGUCCGCUCAGCAGGAUUUGAUGAGAUAGAGCAAGAUCUCACUCGCAGAUUUGAAGAAAAGUUGCAAGAACUAGAGAGCAUUUCUAUGGAUCCCAGCAACGAGAACCCUAAACUGAAGGACCUCUGCUUCAUCUUGCAAGAGGAGUACCACUUAAACCCAGAGACCAGAACCAUUCUCUUUGUGAAAACCAGAGCACUUGUGGAUGCUUUAAAGAAAUGGAUUGAGGAAAAUUCUAUACUCAGCUUUCUAAAACCUGACAUACUGACUGGACGUGGCAAAACAAGUCAGAACAUAGGAAUGACCCUCCCAGCACAGAAGUGUGUACUGGAUGCAUUCCGAGCCAGUGGCGAUAAGAAGAUUCUGAUCGCCACCUCAGUUGCUGAUGAAGGCAUCGACAUUGCGCAGUGCAAUCUGGUCAUCCUGUACGAGUACGUGGGCAAUGUCAUCAAAAUGAUCCAAACCAGAGGCAGAGGAAGAGCAAAAGGUAGCAAAUGCUUUCUUCUGACUAGUAAUGAUGAUGUAAUUGAAAAAGAAAAAAUAAACAUAUACAAAGAAAAAAUGAUGAAUGACUCCAUUCUAAGCCUCCAGGCAUGGGAUGAAACAGUAUUUAAAAAAAAGAUUCACCAGAUCCAGAUUCAUGAAAAAUUCAUCAGGGAUAGUCAAGGAAAAGCAGAACCUGCACUUGAUAAGAAAAAUAAAAAACUGCUCUGCAGAAAGUGCAAAGCCUUUGCUUGUCAUACAGCAGAUAUAAGAGUGAUAGAGGAAUGCCAUUACACUGUGGUUGGAGAUGCUUUCAAGGAGCGCUUCAUGACUAAGGCACACCCCAGACCAAAGAGUGUGGGGAUUUUUGAGAAGAAAGCAAAGGUAUUCUGUGCCAGACAGAACUGCAGCCAUGACUGGGGCAUCCAUGUGAAGUAUAAGACAUUUGAGAUCCCAAUCAUAAAAAUUGAAAGUUUUGUGGUGGAGGAUAUUGCAACUGGAGAGCAGAGACUGUAUGCAAAGUGGAGGGACUUUCAUUUUGAGAAGCUACCAUUUGAUCCUGCAGAAAUGUCCAAAUGACCUCAGGACCACAAGCUUCGACUACAGCGAAUGGGUGAUCGUGAGUGAAGAAGAAAUUAUCCCUAGUAGGCAGAUCGCUUGUACCACAUGAAGAUAUUUACCUAAGGCUUGUACUGUACUAAAUAUUUAUCACUUUACUCACCUUCUGUUCAUAGUUUUCAACAGUUUGUAUGAUAUCAUAUACAUAAAGCAUAUAGGAGUGAAUCAGACCCUCAAUGAUUCCUAGGCCAAUAGAGCUCUAAGUACUUGGGACAAAUUUUAAAGCCUCACCUUGUUCUCUUUCUAUUCUUCCCUUUGGAACCAACUGUCAGUGUAUACCCAGUAGCCACUCAGUAUGCAUUAGAAUAAAUAAAUGAAUGGAUGGAAUGUU